CAAACCAUUUCAAGACACUCUUAUGAAGAAUUGAGAAUUGAUAGACUAGAUAUAAAUCCAUCAAAGGAAAAUGCUAUUCCAGAAGAAAAAAAUGAUCGCAUCCCUCAUACUACGAACUUGAAAAAUAGGUCCAUAUCAUGUAAAGAUGACGAUAAAAAUAUUGGAAUCAGGUACAACAAUCAAGUGAAUUCAGAGCCAAAGACUCUUCAACCCACUGUUUUACCCAAAGAUCAAGUUCCAGAGCCCUUAACAUCCCUUGACAGUGACGAUGAGCAAUCAACAGGUGGACCAUCCGUAAAUCUCGAUAAUUUUAUAAGCUCAGCUGAACGAGCCUACAGAUUCCUUUAAAGUGGGAAUAUCGAUUGCCGAGUCGUAUCCAAUGAUCCUGGGCCUAUCGUAAAAUGAAAGCUUUGAAUAUGUUGUUGCCUUUAAAAAUGUAUCUAUUUUCCAUGUAUGCAACUAGAAUUUGUGCACAUACCUUAUAACGAUCGAUAAUGGCAAAGGAAAAUCCUCUAAUUCUUCGUCAUAAUUUCUCCUUCGACGUCCGCCAUUUUUUAUUAAACCGGAAGUUUGUUCUCUAACGUCCGCGCAAUGUUUUUUCACUUUUAUUUUAGAUUACGCUCCGGAUUUAACAUUUAAUGCUUUCUAAUAUUAAUUAAGUGUUUUCUAUCAGAAAGAUUUCAUAAAAAGACUCACACUAUCAGAGAUUUUAUCGAUUCGAGCAGCCAGAAAAAUUAGUUUCAAUUUCACCCGCUAGGUGUUUCGACGUCGACUUGGAAAGAAUUUGAAAAAUCUAUGAGUGGGACUCCUUGUAUGGAAUUGUAGAUUCUAAACGAUUUGCCAGUUCUACUGGUUGAUGAAUAUUGCCAUAUGCAUACAUUUUUAUAAAAUAGGAAUAAGGAAGAAGAUGUUGGACCAAACUUCACCCCGAUAGCUCAGAAAAGGUAAAAUUUCUCCAUUUUUCUCUCCACAGACCUUAGAGCCGCUUUAAACAAAUGAUUCAAGUU